UCUCCGGCCGCUCGGUGUUGUUAUGUUGUGCAGAUUUUGCCGUUUGCUCUUGUAGGUUGCUUGUUUCGGCGUUUCGGUUUCGUAAUGUGUUCGCGAUUACGUUUAUUUACGUGAAAGAGAUAUUGCGGGCGUGCGUGCAUUUAGGAAAAUCUGAUUAGCGGAAGUACAAGUUCUCGGUGCGGCGUCGACUAUUUUCCCCGGAAAACUGUGUGCGAAAACGGACCAAAGGCAUGGAGUCGCUCAGACUGGCUAUACAAACAAGACUCGGGGAGAGAAUGUCAAGUAUGAGCUCAACCCUUGUCGAAACAGUCAGCAUUAAUUAUGAAGAUUUUAACGAAAGCUUUCUCACCUGCGGAACUUGUCUGUAUCGCCUGUGGACAGGUGGAAGUAUGUACGAUGGCAACGAGCACACCCCCAAAUUGUUACAAUGUUCGCAUACUGUCUGUUUGCACUGUUUAACACGUAUUGCGGCCUCGCAGACUAGAGAUACCGGCUCUUUUCGUUGUCCGAUAUGCAGGGAAUUGAUAACUAUACCGAGGGGUGGUGUCCAGGCUCUGCCGCCCUCCUUUCUAGUGAAUCAACUUCUCGACUUGAUGUCCAGGCAGAGGCGUGAAGUAAUACCGAAAUGUUCAGUGCACAUUAAUCAAGAACUGCUGUUUUGUGAAACUUGUGAUACGGUCUUUUGCACCCUGUGCAUGGGUGGUUCGCAUAGCGAUUCGUCAAAUAGUUGUGCCGAACACACCAUCAUACCAUUUUCCAUAGCUAUCAAAAGGAUGUCGGAAAUUUUGUUGUACAAAGCUAAUGAGUGUAUCUCGAAGUUGACUCAAGCACAGGAAGGAGUCGGCAGGGAGCUACAGAGACUCGACGAAUCCAAAGAGAGAUGUUUAGAAAAGGUGAAUAGCACGUUUCACCAAGUGCAGGCGAUGCUAGAUAAACGAAAACAAGAAAUGGUCACCGCGGUUGAAUCUCUUUGUGCCGACAAACGUAAAGUCUUGGAAGAGCAACAUUCCUUAAUUGAGGCGGAGAAAAACAAGGUAGAACAAGAAUGCCAAGGUCUUCAGUAUCAAGUAGAAGUGCGUAAUAUAACCCAGAGGAUCGAAAGUUUAACAGAAAAGCUUGACGCGGCUUCUAAUUUGGGGGAACCCCGAGAAAAUGCGUUUCUCACUUGCGAAUUCUCGCACAACAAUAGUCUCACAACGAUAGAGGAAAGUCUGAGUGAUCUAGGCAAAGUACGAACUAGUACCACCUUUCCUAGCCUUUGCACUGCCCGAGUAGAAGACGAAAUGAUCUCAGGCAUUACAGGUACUGUCGUACUAUAUUCGGUCGAUUACCACGGCAACCCCCAACGUCUAGGGGGAGAUCCUGUCUCGGUGGAAGUCCUACCUGUAGAACCGGAAAACACUGCAAAUAGUUUACCGGUACAGGUCACCGACUGCGAAGAUGGAACUUAUAAGAUUCAGUUUAAACCAAUACUAGCCGGCCGAUAUGGGAUAAAAAUAAUGGUUCUGGAUAGGCCCAUCAAAGACAAUCCUCUGUAUUUCGACGUUUCGGAACAUAACAGUCCUGUGUCAAUAUACGGAAGUAGAGGCAGUUGCAAAGAUGAAUUCAUGCAACCUGUUUCGAUUGCUAUCGAUGACAAAGAUCAAACAGUGUACGUUUUGGACACAGGAAAUUCAAGAAUAAAAGUUCUUAGUUCCAACUUUGAAUUUAUUCGGCACAUAACCAACGAUGGUCUUAAUGGACGAAGUUGUACAGGUAUAGCUGUGUCAAAUAAUGGUUUAGUUAUUGUGAAUUGGAGAACGAAAGCUGUAACCGAAAUGACAACCGUUGGUCAGACAAUAAAGACUUUUAGUUACAAUGCCUUUCAAGAACCGAUAGAUAUCACAUACGAUAAAAACUACGGCCACAUAUUGGUGGCCGAUAACGGAUUAAGUGCCAUUUGUGUUUUCGAUUCCGAUGGAAAAUAUCUUUUCCAAGUAGGGAAAAAAGGAACAUUUAAUCUUCUUUCUUCAGUCGCAGUAGGGCCUUCUAAUGAAAUAAUAGUAGCAGAUACAAGAAUUCAAGUAUUUUCCGCCAAAGGUGAUUUUAUGGAACUUAUUUUUGAUGAAGGGAAAGGAAAAGGAAGAUAUGGAGGGGUUGCUGUAGAUUCAGAGGGUUACAUUUUGGCAAGUCGAUCUGAGCAAAAGGGUCGCAACUAUGUUCAAGUACUCGCUUUAAAUAACAAAUCAGUUAAUAAUAUAAUAGAUUCUCAUGAAUACAAAUUAAAAAGGCCCAGUGGCAUUGCAACUACUUCAGAUGGUUAUGUUAUUGUAGUAGACUUAGGAAAUAACUGUAUAAAAAAGUACAGAUACUUAUAGAAAGUAAACUUUAUAGCAGCAAGAUUCCUUACCUUGAGAGAGAGAUCUCUUCAUGUGAUUAUUUCCUGUGUACAGAACGUUUUAAAAUUUUUAGUCUGUUAUAUACUUAUGGGAAAUUGAUUGGAGCUAACGACCAAAACCAAUUAAGAAAAUUAAAAAAGAAAGUAGCUUAUAAAUUGUAACAGCAAUGGUAUUUUUUUGGUAUAACACCAAAUAUGUGCACUUAACUCUUGUCACACUUUUAUCCAGGAUAUCUCAUAUGUACUUUUUAUUAAAAUUAUAUUUUAUCAUAAUAAUUCAGAUUUCAUUUGAUUAUCUAUUAAUAGUUUCUGUGCAUUCUAUUUUAAAAGUAAUUGUUUAAUUUCAUUCAGUUUCCCAUCUUAAAAAACAACUCAGUCUUUUGUAUUGCCUGUGUACUUAAUAUUUUUUGUACUUUUAUACAUCUGCAGCACAUUAUAUAGUACAACUAUUUCAAUUAUAUUAAUUUGUGAUUUGCUUGUAUCUACCUUUUAAGUUGACUUUGAAAGUGUUGCUUGUAAUAUAUUCUAGUCAUUAGACUUAUUUUUGUAUUACUUCUCAAACAGUUGUACGAGAAUAAAAGUUGGUUUAAUCUCUUA